AGAAUACACUUGACAGAUAACAAGCGGGGAAGGUUGAAAAAAAAGGUAGAUGAGAAAGGUUGCUACUUGCUAGCAUUCCACACACACAAAAACCCUUUUCAAUUUCCACACAUGAGAUUGUUGGCACCGAAGGUCUUUACAGUAAUUUAUUCGGUCAUCUAAAUUGUUCAGUGUAGCCGAAAAAACCCUGGAGCGAACAGAGGUUUGAGGCCUAGGGUUUUGCCAUAAUCGACCCGAGAGUUGGGAAUCGGUAGGCAUGGAAGUGCCAAUCCUCGGCAGCGAUUCACUGAAAUGGAUUGAGUUCCCUAUUCCUUCUUCUAAUGCCGCCACCGCCACCGCCACCGCCACCGCCACCGCCACCGCCACCGCCACCGCCACCGCCACCGCCACCGCCACCGCCGUUGCUGAUACUUGUGCCCCUCUCACUCACGAUUGCGCUUCUUCCAUCGCCAUUGGCGACCCUCCUACACAUCUCAUAUGGAGAAUCCACAAGCAUCUCCCUCACUCUCUCGAAUUACUUGAGCUCUCUGCUAACAAAGAAUUUCCAAAACUCGGACUGCGAAUCACUUUUCCACAAGCACUCUCUUCCUCCGUUUUUCUUUGCAAAAAUGAGAUUGAUGUCGGUUCCAGGAGCCACCCCUAUUUGCUCUAUGCAUUGACCGUUGCCGGAGUCGCUUACCUUUUGAGACUUGGAACCGUCUCCAGUUAUGCUUCCAACUCUGUUAUUAGAGAGUUUAGCUUGCAUCCCUACGGACCUAUAACCAGUGCCGCAGCAACGCCAACCGGAUGUCUUGUUGUAGGUCGGAAUGAUGGCUCACUUGCUUGCUUUCAACUCACACUUGAAUCCACUGCUCCUGGUUUUCUGCAAGAGCUACGGGAUGAUCCAGGAAUCGGUAGUUUGUGGGGUUUCAUGUCAAGGGGUAGGAUGGUAGGCGCUGUGCAGGACUUGGCUAUAUCUAUGGUUCAUGGGAAACCACUUAUAUUCGUUAUUCAUACGGACGGGGUGUUACGAGUAUGGGAUAUAUCAUUUCAUAGCAGGCUCUUUUCCCAUAAGAUGAACAGUCUAACAAUGGCAGGAGCUGCAUUGGUAAGGUUGUGGGUUGGUCAAGCUGACAAUGAUUCGAGCAUAAUUCCUUUGGCAAUCUUGUACAGACAUGAUUCGGAAAUGAGCUCAGAGACGAUCUACGUAUAUAGCCUCCAUUGUAACGUGGGAGACAGAAUUGUUUUAUCGAUGGAUCCUUCAGAACAAAUUAUUCCUAUUGAGGAGGAUGGAUGGAUUGAUGUCAAACUUAUUUCCAACAAGAUAUGCAUAUUGAAAAAUCAGGGACUGGUGCUUCACAAGUUGUUGCAUACAAAUGUCAACAUGCAAGUGGUAGAUGCAGUUUGUUAUGCUUUGCAAGAGGACUUCGUUGCAGAUCAACUCUUUCAAAGUUCUGAACAUUCUUCGGAUGACCUUCUUUUGAUAACUCAUUCAAUAUUUUCAUCUUCAAAGGAUCAUAUUCUACCCGUUGUAUCUUCUAUUUUCUUACGUAGGCUGCUUCUUCCUGGCAUUCAUCAUAAUGCUGCUUUGCGCACAACUUUGUUGGAUUAUAAUAGGCACUGGACUGAGUCAGAUUUCCACUCCUUAACUGCUGACGGUUUGAAGAAGGAAAUUCUUUCCCUGAUUGAACAUGAGGGUCUGACUGGUAAUUCAUCGUCAAUAUUUUGCUGCUGGAAAAUUUUUUGUGCUCGCUAUUUCCAGAACUGGUGCAAGAGCAAUGCACCAUGUGGCCUACUUGUUGAUUCCUCAACCGGCACUGUUGGUUUAAUUAGAAAGAGUUCAGUAUCUCUUUUUCGUUCUUUGGAAGAUAUUGAGCGGGUUAAUGAUGGCUCUUUGGAUGAACUUGGCAAUUUUCCAAGCUUUGGGUUGGAUUCAUUUGAUGAGGCUCGUGAUUGUGAGCUACUUGCUGAAAUGCUCAGAUGUGUCAUUAACGUCAGCCAGCAAUUGGGCAAAACAGCUUCUGCUAUAUUUUAUGAAUCACUCAUUAGUGCACCACCAGUUAUCUCAUCUGAAGACAUUAUUCCGCGCCUAUUGAAGAUAUUAGAAACUGGAUAUAGUUCAACAGCCGCAGUGCUUCAUAUAUCAGAUCUUGGACCUGAUGUUGCCUGGGAGAAAAAUCUAGCAGAUCACAAAAAUUUGAGGAAAUUUUCAAUUGACAUGAUGUUGUCUCUUCAUGCUUUGCACGAGAAAUCUGGCACAUGGAGCCGUAUUUUGAGUGUGAUUGAGAACUAUCUAAAGUAUCUCAUACCUCGGAAAAUUAUACAAAAAUUUGAUGCUGUAGUAGCAUUGGAUAUCAAUGCCUCCAUCUUGGUCCAGGCCAUGUCUCAAGUUGCAAAGGUUAUGUUUGAGUCUGCACUGGAUAUUCAUCUGUUUCUAAGCUAUCUAGUAAGCAUUAGUGGGCAGAUCAAUAUGCUACAUGAUGAUAUAUCCAAAAUACAGCUUGAGUUGGUUCCGAUGAUUCAAGAAAUCAUUUAUGAGUGGCUUCUCUUACAUUUCUUUGCCACCACACCAUCUGAAUCAGCUGCAAUUGAAGAUUUCAGCUCUCAACUUUCAUUGUUACAAAUUGAUAGCAACACAGGCAGAAGAUCAUGGAAUGAGAAGCUUGGGAAGUGCGAGUUCACUCUGGCUUUUAUAUUCUUACUUAAUGUUAGAAGUUCCUCCAAAGACCAGAGCCACUUUUGUUCAAGAAGCAUAUCAAAUGUUCAGGACAUAAUUGAUUCAAUACGAGAAUUUGCUAGCUGGAUCAUGUGGGGCCAGAAUAGGGAAUCCCUUACUGUCCUGAGGCGUGCAGCGGAUCUUGCAUUGAUCCUGCUAAGGCACGGGCAGUAUGAUGCUGUUGAGCACCUACUCACUAUUGUGGAGGCACAUUUACAAAAGGAGAAGACUUCUCAUCGUGUUCAAGCUACAGAUGGCGGAUGGUGCAUACUGCAUCAUCUUUUAGGAUGCUGUUAUCUUGCUCAAGCACAUCGUGGAUUACAUGGGGUCCUGAAAGAGAGGAAAGUUCAUGAAGCUGUAUGUUGUUUCUUCAGAGCUGCAUCUGGAAAUGGCUCAGCUCAGGCUUUACAAAGCUUGCCUCAGGAAGCGGGGUUGCCACAUCUUGGCAUCGAUGGUAGCAUAUCAGAUGCUGCAUGGAAGCUCCAUUACUAUCAGUGGGCAAUGCAGAUAUUUGAGCAAUAUAAUAUUAGUGAAGGUGCAUGUCAGUUUGCUCUUGCUGCGCUUGAGCAAGUUGAGGAAGCGUAUAGUGCAAACACUGAGUCCCAUGACAGAGCUCCAUUUGAUGAAUCAGUAUCUACCAUUAAAGGAAGACUUUGGGCACAUGUUUGCAAGUUUACUUUAGAUCUCAAUCUCUUUUAUGAUGCGUACUGUGCAAUAAUUUCAAAUCCAGAUGAGGAGAGCAAGCACAUCUGGUUGAGGCGUCUUAUAAUUGUUCUUUAUGAACGUGGUGCCAUAAAGAUUCUUUGUGGUGGUCAGCUACCAUUCAUUGGUCUUACAGAGAAGGUAGAACAAGAGCUUCCAUGGAAGGCAGAGCGGUCAGACAUUUUAGCGAGGCCAAACUUAUAUAAGUUGCUUUAUGCAUUUGAAAUGCAUCGGCAUAACUGGCGAAAAGCAGCAAGCUACAUGUACCUUUAUUCUGCUCGUUUGAGAACUGAAACAUCUCUGAAAGGGUACCAGCAAUUGUGGCGAGCACUGAAGGAGAUACUGAAUGGGCUCUCUGCUGCUAUCAACGCACUUCAUCUUGUUCAUCCAGCAUAUGCUUGGAUUGAUCCUCUCCUUGAGAGAAAUGCUAUUCACAAUGAGCAGUAUCCAAGUAAAAAGGCUAGAAUAACAAUUGAAGACCAGUCAGCAAGCAAUGAUGUUGAUCCUCAAAGUUGGAAAUCUUAUAUAGAUAUUCAGAAAAUUGAAAACGAGUUUGUGCUUACUUCAGCAGAAUAUUUGCUUUCACUAGCACAUGUCAAAUGGACAAAUACAGGAACCCAGAAAGCACCAUUGGAGUUGGUUGAUCUCUUGAUCCAGACAAAUCUAUAUGAUAUGGCAUUUACAGUUCUCUUAAGAUUCUUCAAAGGUUCAGAGUUAAAGAGGGGAUUGGAAAGAGUUUUCUCUGCUAUGUCACUAAAAUGCUGUCCGCAUAUAGUUAAUUCGUCAAGGGUCGGGGAUGAUUCCACAACACAGGGUCUUCUGUUGACUUCUUCAAAGGAUGAAGUGAUCGUUCAUGGUUCACCAGAUACAAGUUCAGCAAAUCAACAAUCCAGUGGAAUUAAUCAAUGGGGAACUCUCGAGCUCUAUCUUGACCGAUAUAAAGUCUUCCAUGCACGUCUACCAUUUAUUGUUGCUGAAACUCUUCUUCGUACGGAUUCUCAAAUCGAACUGCCUCUUUGGUUGGUUAAAUUAUUCAAGGAUGGCAGGAGGGAAAAGACAUUGGGGAUGACUGGCCAAGAAUCAAGUCCGGCAUUAUUAUUUCAACUAUAUGUUGAUUAUGGUCGAUAUAGAGAAGCUACGAAUCUGUUGCUUGAGUACAUAGGUUCUUUAGCAUCCAUGAGACCAGCCAACAUCAUUAAUCGUAAAAGACCAUUUGGAGUUUGGUUUCCAUAUACAACAAUUCAGCGCCUCUGGUGCCGACUCGAGGAAAUGAUAAAUUCAGGUCACAUGGUAGAUCAAUGUAAGCAGCUCAAGGAUUUGCUACAUGGAGCUUUGCUGAAACAUCUCCAACUGGUAAAAGUGGACUCGGAAGAUGCACUCGAGUCAUUUCAGAAAAUAAGAUGAAAACACUUUGGAUGCAAUCUCGAGCGUCAUUUGCUGUAAAGAUAUGCAUCAGCUAUCACCUGGCAAGUGCCGCAAGUCCAACAAGGCAGUAGUGGGCCUCCUCCUAACACAGAAUAGAAAAUGCCCGACUCUUGGUACUCAUCAGGGUAAUUGAACUCUUGUAAGGCUGAGAAACACUAGAACUAGAUAUAACAAAUUGUAUUUUCGGUUCCAGCAAAUUGGUUAGCCAUUGAAUUCUAAUAGACAAUCGGAGAAGAUGGUGCUGAUAAACCAAGACGAGCUGUUUGUAUUAGACGGCAGGGAACCCACUUUCUGUGCUUUUUGUUGGUGAUUGAAAACUCAGAGGUUAUCACCAUGCAAAGUGAUUGACAUCUUCCCCCCGCCCUUUCUACAUGUAUAUAUACACAUUACAUCUUGAAACCUAUAUUAAAUAGAGAUGGGGAAUAUAUUACAUGAUAAUUAGUGAACUUGUUUAUA